AUGCAUGUUUCACCAGUUUAUUUAACUCCAGAACAAAAUGAUAAAUUACGUCGUGUAUUAACUCCAACAAUUCCUAUUUAUCCAUCGCCACCAACAUCAUCAUUUCCAACGUUACACAUUGUUCCAAAAGAUUUUCUUCGAGAUAUUCUAUUAAAAUUAAAAGAACAUUCAAUUGAUAUAUUAAAUAUUCGUUUACAUGGUGGUGCUGCAUCUUAUGUUCUUGUAAAUGAUUCCGAUUUUGUUUAUCGUGAUAUUGAUAUUGUUUUUCAAAUAAAAACACCAUUAUCAUCACAACAACAAACAAAAUUAUUUUCAUCAAAUAAUGAACCGUAUUUAUGUGAUGUAUGGACAAUUAUUAAGUAUAUUAUAUCGUCAUGUUUAAUUGAACAUAUACCAAAUGCAUCAACAUGUACACAAUAUUUUAUCUCAUCUGUACUUGAUACAUAUACAAAAAAGAAUAUAAAAAUAACAUCAGAACAAGAUUCAUGGGCAUUAUUAUCAUUACAAAAUUUAUUAGGACAAAAUCUUGAAUUAAAAUUUGUUGAGAAUAUUAAACGACAAUGGCAAUUUAGUGUUGAUUCAUUUCAAAUUGAUCUUAAACCAUUAUUAUUUGAAAAAAUCGAAACAGUAACAAAACAAAUUCAAACAAAAAGUUUAGUUAUUGAUGCAAUUAAUGGUGUUACAAUAAUUAAAAAAGAACAAAAUAAACAGUCAAAUGCAAGUACAAGUCCAAUACAAUUUGGAUUUUUUACACCGUCAUCAUUACCAAAUGUUAAUGAUAAUGAAAAUAAUAUUCAAUGUCAAACUCUUGCGACAAUAACAACAAUAGAAAGAAAAAAAAGUAGUGCAACAUCUGAAUCUCGUUCACGUACAUCUGAAGUAUUCGAUUCUACAAAUGAUGAUAAUCAAUCAGAUUCCUCACUACAGUUUCAAAUAUCAAUUAAUGAAGAUGUUGAUGAUGGAAUUGAAGCUGAUGCUGAUGAUUCAACUACUGAAGAUGAUGAUCAACUAUUCCCUUCAUCAGUUGAUACAAAUAUAUCUUCAACAAGUGUAAUAUCUUCUUCGAUACCAGUAGGAACACAAGUGCAUUCGGUUUAUAAAGAUUUACAUCAAGCUCUUCAUCAUUUAAAUAAUAAAUUAAUUGCUACUUAUGAACCUGAAACAAUGCGUGGUGGUGGUUUAUUAAAAUACUGUGAUCUUUUAUCACGCAAUUAUAAACUUUAUGAUGUUGCAAUAAUGAUGCAUAUGCAACGAUAUAUGUGUUCAAGAUUUUUUAUUGAUUAUAAAACAAUUACUGAACAAAUACAUGUUAUUGCACAAUAUGUUGCUACACAUUUUUUACCAUCAUCAAUUUUAAGUAAUCUACAUAUAACAAAUAAUAUGAAUGAAAUAUUUCAAUAUCGUUCUUAUUUACAUAAUCAAUUAAUGAAUUCCAAAUAUGAUACGAAACAAAUCGAUCAAAUUGAUUUAAUUAAUGCACGAUUAUGUUUAUUAUUUUUUGAAUAUUUAGCACAAGUUAUACAAGACAGUACUGUUUGUUUAGCACAUGAAGAUAGAGAAUUAUUAUUAUUUAAUAUUCAUUAUUUAAAAGAAUAUUAUCAUUGUGAAUAUGAACAUUUAUUUAUUCAAGACAGUCAACAUCUUCAAAAAUAUCAUGUAUAUAAUCCUCAACAUCAACGACAUAAUCCAUCAUUGAAUUCAAAUCGACCAUCUUCGCCAUCAAGAUCCCAUGGAUAUCGUGGAAAUUCAUAUAGAAAUCACUAUAAUCAUUAUCAUCAUCAUCCACAACGACAAUCAUCAAAUGUAUUAUAUCAUGGCCAACGAAAUUAUAUUGAUCCACAAACAGUAACACAUCGUCGUAAUUAA